AUGGAGAUAAAUUGUUGUCUAAUGCAAAAAUUAAUAAAAGUUGUGGUGUUAGAUGAAAAUACAGCACUGAUUUCAUUAGGCAAGCGAGCGGCUGCUAAAACAAGUUAUCACAUCCAUGCUUCACUUAUGCUCAGAGGAAGUAAAUUUGAUCUUCUUAAUAUUGCUUUUAUUGUAAUGCAAUGUUUUAUCAGAUGCAGUGCGGUCGGCAGUCACGCUACUUCUGCAUUUCAUACAUUUGCUUUCCUUCUAAAUAAAGGAUUCGAUUCUCAAACCUUCCCUUUGUUUUUUCAUCGCUACUUAAAUUAUUCAAUUAACACGGAUGCACAAUUUGCAUUCAUUCACUCAGAACACAAUCGUUAUUGCAGUGGCGAAACAGUUCACGUCUCCAUUAAACUUUCUAUUUAG